AUGGGAAAGAUAGCCACCAUCGAAUACUUUCGCGUCCCACCGCGUUGGCUGUUUGUCAAGAUUACCGAUGCAGAUGGAAACUUUGGUUGGGGCGAAGCAUCACUAGAAGGUCACACACAGGCAGUCGAGGGAUGUUUAGAUGCCUGGGCUGAGCGCUACGUUGGCUUCGAAGCAGAUGACAUCGAGCACAUAUGGCAAAUGUGCUGGCGCACCAGCUUCUAUCGUGGUGGACCAGUCUUCAUGAGCGCACAAGCUGGCAUCGACAUUGCACUCUGGGAUCUCAAGGCUCGGAAACUCAAUGUGCCAAUCUACCAACUUCUCGGAGGCAAAGUACGCGACAAGCUCAAAGUGUACGCAUGGAUAGGCGGAGACAGACCAAAUGACGUUAAGGAACAAGCUCUCGCCCGCAAAGCCCAAGGUUUCCACGCCGUAAAAAUGAAUGCAACAGAAGACAUCGGCUGGCUCGACUCCCCCUCAGUCCUGCAAUCCGCCGUCGACCGCCUCAAAACCGUCAAAGACCUCGGAAUGGACGCCGGCAUGGACUUCCACGGGCGCAUCCACAAGCCCAUGGCUAAGCAACUCGCUCGAGCCCUAGAACCACACCACCCACUCUUCAUCGAAGAACCCUUACUCUCCGAACACAUCACGGGUAUCACAUCUCUUCACAACCAGACUUCCAUCCCAAUAGCGCUAGGCGAGCGCCUCCAUUCCCGCUGGGACGUGCGCCCCUUCCUCGAAGCCGGCUGCGUCGACAUUCUCCAACCAGAUAUCUCGCACAUAGGCGGUAUAUCAGAAAUGCGCCGUAUAGCCUCCGCCGCAGAAACCUACGACGUAGCCAUCGCACCGCACUGCCCUUUGGGUCCCAUCGCCCUCGCUGCAUGUGUUCAGGUUGAUUGCACGCUACCCAAUUUCGCGAUUCAAGAGAUGAGUUUGGGUAUACAUUAUAAUGCUGGUAGUCAGGAUCUCACGUCUUAUACGAAGAAUCCCGAGGUGUGGGAUGUGAAGGACGGGUAUAUUGAGUUGAUGAAGGGACCUGGGUUAGGGAUUGAGGUUGAUGAGGAGAUGGUUAGACGCGAGAGUAGGGAUGCGAAGGCUUGGGUUAGUCCGGGGUUUAUUGGGCCUGGGGGUGAGGUCAGAGAGUGGUAG